GCUAUAGGACGCGUGGAAGCAUAAGAGCCACAAAUCACGCACGCUGCUUUACGCCUUUCUCCUCUUACGAUAAUAAUAAUAAUACUAAAAAGAGCAAGCGGAGGAAUUGUCAACAAAUGAGCUCCUAUUUUGUGAACUCAUUCUGCGGUCGCUAUCCCAAUGGCGCGGACUUCCAGUUGCAUAAUUAUGGCGAGCACAGUUCGGCGGACGAGCAAUACAGAGACUCCCCAGCCAUGCACUCCAGCAGGUACGGCUAUGGCUACAACGGAAUGGACCUAACAGUCGGCCGGGCCGGUACCGGACACUUUGUGGGCAGCGAGCGCGCAGCCGCCUUCUCCCCCAGCAACAACUCGGCGGCCAACACCCCCUCGGUGGAACCGGUCAGGUACACGCAGUCCGCCGCCAACAGCACCGUCGCUUCGGCUCUGUCCCCUCCGGCUGACCCGUUACCCGUCGCCAGCUCCACGCAGGUCACAGACUCUCGGUCUCAGCACCGAGUCGGGAAAAACUCACUUCCAAGUCCGUGUUCGAGCUCCAGCGGUGGCUCGUUGCUCCACAGUCGGGACUGUGCGCCCAAAGGGUCCCCUUUGGACGAGGAAAAGCCCACGGGGAGUGCACCCAGCACCCCACAGAACGUCAGCGACCCGGCUCAGCCUCAGAUAUAUCCGUGGAUGAGGAAACUACACAUAAGUCACGAUUUGUCAGGACCAGAAGGGAAGCGUGCCCGGACCGCCUACACCCGGUACCAGACCCUGGAGCUGGAGAAGGAGUUCCACUUCAACCGCUACCUGACCCGGAGGCGGAGGAUCGAGAUAGCACAUGCCCUGUGCCUCUCGGAGAGACAGAUCAAAAUCUGGUUCCAGAACCGCAGAAUGAAGUGGAAGAAGGACAACAAGCUGAAGAGCAUGAGCAUGGCUGCUGCAGGCGGGGGAGGCUACAGGCCUUGAUGCACCCCCCCCCCCCCCACUUCAACCACCACCAUCAUCAUCAUCACCCCUGAUAAGGAGUGAUACAAAAAUAUAUUUAAAAAGUUGUCAUAUCAACUUCCUGUCCCCUGUAUUGGGGGAAGUGUGCAGAGACUCGAGUUUGGGGGGGUGCGUGGGGGUGCACCCCCAUCACUCUUAACAUUAUAUCCAACAUUGUAAUGUUACUUUCCUUAGUCGUAUAUGAUACUUCAACGUCAGUGUACAGCUCUGUCUAGAUUUAGAUUAAACCGAUAAGUAAAUGUUUAAAUUAUUUCUUGUUCAGAAAAAGGAAGGGAAAAAAACGCUACCUAUUAACCAGUGAAUGCACUCAAUGUCCACUCAAUCCACAGCUGACGUGUUUAGUAGUACCUGCAGUAUAUAUGUGUAUUGUAUUUAUUUGUGUGGUGUAUAAUGUGCCUCCGAAAGUCUGCAAAGUAUUGUGUGUACAGUACAGCUGCGCUUUGUAUUCUAAUUGUUUAUUUUGCAACUUCUUAAGACGUUUUUUAUAUAUAUAUAUAUACAUAAAUAUUUUAUGGUUGUUUUUAAUCUACACAUUUGUGUAUAUGUUUUCCCCACUCCCCCCCAAAAAAGACUGGAAGUUUAAAAUGUACUGUAAAUUGUUGCUGUUCAU